AUGAACCUUUUCCUCCUAUUCCUAGCCACGCUAGCUACAGCGGCUUUUUCGCCCUUUGACUCGCCAGACUUUUGUCUGCAAAUCAUCACGCCCACGUGUAACACGACAUUUUCCUAUAUCGAUGCCGUCAACAGCCAGCUCAGAGACCUGGUGGUCGAUUUGAUACUGAAACCGUUUUUCCGGUUCUUCAAGCUCGAUUUGGACAAACAGUGUAAGUUCUGGAAUGCUCAGCAUUUCUGUGCCACACGCAACUGUGCCGUGGAGGUGUUGCUGCCGGAGCAGUUCAACUGGCUGGAUAUUCCAGACGAUCUUUCGCCUUCGAAACUAGGCGAGAUUCUGAGAGCUUCUAGUGCCCACGACGAGGCCGAUACGUGUGAAGAUUUGGACUACUGUCAUAUUGACGACGACCACAACUGCGUUUUUGUCGAUUUGAAGGAGAACCCAGAGAGAUUCACCGGAUACGGCGGUGCUCAGUCCUUUGAUGUUUGGAAGGCCAUCUACUCGGAAAACUGCUUCCCAAACACAAACCCCAUGUCGAUGCUGCCGGACUCCGAGCCCGAGCAGUGUGUGGAGAAGAACUUGUUCUACAGGUUGAUCUCGGGCAUGCACGCCUCCAUUGCUGUGCACUUGUCCAACGAGUACUUGGACGCCGAAACCGCGGAGUUCCACCCUAACUUGAAGGUUUUCAUGGAGAGGGUGGGCAAGUUCAACGACAGACUCUCCAACAUCUACUUCAACUACGCGUUGGUGUCUCAGGCCAUCGUGAAAUUGUCCGAUAUCGUGUCUCUUCCCACCUACAUCAAAGAGAACCACGAGUCGACCAGCGGCGACGAGAGCCAGUUGCGUACGAACGAGGACGUCAGUCCUGCCGUGUACGCCGAUCUUCUCUCCAACAUCAACAACACCUUGAGUUCGCAGGUGCUCUUUGAAACACACUCUCUUUUCGACCCCAUCAAGAGCUCCCCAGACCUCAAGAACGAGUUCCGCUCUCGUUUCAAAAACGUCUCUGCCAUCAUGGACUGCGUCGGCUGUGACCGUUGCAGAAUGUGGGGCAAGCUCCAGACCAUCGGUUACGGUACGGCGCUCAAGGUGCUUUUCGAGUCCGAGGACCCUAAUACCCAGCACUUGUUGAAGUUCCGCCGUAUCGAGUUGGUGGCGCUUUUCAACACGUUCGACCGUCUUUCCAAGUCUGUGGAAGCCAUCAACAACUUCAAGUCCAUGUACCUCCAACACUUGGAGGAUGUGGCUGCUGGCAAGGUGAAGCACGGUGACUACGAGCCUUUGCACGACAAGGGCAUCGAGUUCCCAUUUGUGGCUUUCCUGCCUGUGACCAAAAAAGAGCCAUCCAAGGAGGCCUUGAAGGAGGCCUCUGAGGUGUUUGCUAAGGACAAUUUCGACGAAGGCAGAAUUGUCAACGUCAAGGGCCGCACUCAGGGCUUCUGGGAAGAACUCGAGGACGUCAAGGCCGCUCUUUGGUUUAUCUGGGACAUUUACUACCGCUUCCCAAAAAGGGUCUUUGAGUAUGUGUUGUACUAUGCCGACGGCUGGUGGAAUGUGUACGUGGGACGUGCCAUUUACGUUCCACAGGGCAAGACCAACAUCAAUGACGAGUUGUGA